UAUAACAGUACUGACGAGUCGACCGCCGAGGAUAACCAUCUGUUCAUCGAAGGGUUCUUUAAGAAGUACCAGUCAUUUAAGGGAAAUCCGUUUUAUAUCGCCGGCGAGAGUUAUGGCGGUAUUUACGGCCCGAUGUUAGCCCAACGUAUACUCCGAUCGAAAUCCGAUAUCAAUCUAAAGGGUUUCAGACCACCGAUGAUGUCCUUUAACGCCAAUCACUACGACGACUGUCCCACAUAUAAACACAUCGAUUGGAUAAACACACCGGAAGUACGAAAGGCUCUUCACGUAAGUAUCGAUGACACCCAUAAAUGGACGGACUGUACGGAUGGCAUAUACUACUAUACAAAACCCACCCCACAAUUCCCAGUUAUCAAGGAACUUUUGGAUGUCUAUAAUCUUGAAAAGUUUGUCGCAUUUAACGGCAAUUUUGACACAAUGUGCGACCACAUAACGACCCAAUAUUUUAUCGAUAGUCUGGGUAUUAGUAAAAUGAGUGGCUAUAGACCUUGGUAUAAAUCGGACGGAAGUGUAGCCGGUUAUGUCCAAAACUACAAAAGGGGUGUUACCUGGGUGUUAGUGUUGGCGGCCGGUCAUAUGGUGCCACAGAACCAGCCCGACUCGGCCCUGCAGAUGAUUAAAAUGGUUAUUGAUAUUAAAACUUAA